AUGCCGGGACCUUCCAUCUUUCUCGUCUUUGGCGCGACUGGAGGCACGGGGCGCCACUUCGUUUCGCUUGCCCUUGAACACGGCCAUGUCGUGCGUGCAGUAGUACGGAACCCAAGCCGUCUCGAUCCGGAUCUUCGCAAGAACUCAAAUCUCCAUGUCAAGCAAGGCUCAGUCACGGAUGAGAUCACCUACCUGGACGAGCUCGUCCGCGGCACUGAAUUUGUAGUCGCCAUGCUAGGCGAUGCAGCCGCGCGGAGCGUGUCAAAAAUCAACGUGGCUUUCGUGCGAGAUCAGCUAGUACCUGCAUUGAGACGAAAAGGCGUCAAGCGUUUCCUCUACCAAGCCGGUGGACUCAGCAAGCCAUACGGAGCACAAUUACCAUUCUUCUUGCGGGUGCUGCGCAAUACCGUAGCGCUUUCGUAUGGGGGCCAGCACGCCGACAAUGAGGCCGUGAUGGAAUACCUUGGCAGUCAAGCGAGAGAUAUCGAGUGGAUCGUCCAUCGAGCAGGCAUAGGGUCGAAUAGCGGAUCCAAGGGACAAUUGACGAGAUCCAGGGACAAGUUCAGCGUGGCGACGUUGAGGACUGCGCUGCGUAUAAUCUCCGGAUCGUCACAAGCGAUCCGAAUGCGAUACACACUUGCCAUACGAGCCAUUACGAUAGCUGAGGUCGAUGCAUGUAUCCGAUGGUGUAACGAAUAG